AUGGCGUCUUAUUUUCCUUGGUCAAAAACUAAAACCGAAGAGUCCGCAUACGAGUCUCUGAGGCAGGGGGAUAACAGCGAAUCCGAGGCGGAGAUGCGCCUUGAAGCUGUGAUGCUGGCAAAGAAGACUCGGUCACGAAAAAGGCUCCUCAUCUCUCUUGGUGUCAACCUCUUGCUGUUCGCGUCUCUGGUUGCUCUGUACUCUGGAAUAUGGUCCCAUCAAAGACCUAAGCGCCUGCUUCCAUCUCCAGUCCCACAAUUUUCGCAACAUGUCCGGACAUUCAGGCUGGAUCCCCUAUUCCUCUCUCUACCGUCGGAAGAGAGCAAUGCCGCUUGGGAAGCCUUGCCAGGUCCCAACGGCCGCGGGUUCAUAAACUUGGAACCUAACAAUGGCUUCGAUUUCCCCGACAAGAUUGCGGGACUUUCGGUGUUCCAUCAACUGCACUGCCUGGGCGCAUUGCGCAAGUUCAUGUGGGAGGUUAUCUACGAAAAGGUGGACGCCAAGGCAUUGCUGCAAAAGUGGCCGGAGAAUGUGACAUCGCCAACUUACGACCAGGCCAUCCAUGGUCUUUGGCACAUUGCCCACUGCUUCGAUUACCUGAGGCAAGCCGUGCAGUGCUCUGGGGACACAUCACUCGAGUUCGUCUCUGAGAAUACCGGACGUGCCGUGGUAGAUGGAUUGGACUAUCCGCACGAGUGUAAGAACUGGGAUGAGAUCUGGGACUAUGCAUCCGAGUUCGCCUGA